CCUGCAUCUCAUCAUUUCCUUUCCUUCAACCCUAAACCCCAAAUUCCCCACCGUCUACAAAAUGGGUAGCAGCCAAGCCGCGGUGUCUUUCCUCACCAACCUUGCACGCGCCGCCUUCGGCCUAGGCGCCGCCGCCACAGUCCUCAACUCCUCCCUCUACACCGUAGACGGAGGCCAACGCGCCGUCCUCUUCGACCGUUUCCGCGGCAUCCUUGACGAAACAGUCGGCGAAGGAACCCACUUCCUGAUCCCAUGGGUCCAAAAACCCUACAUCUUCGACAUUCGCACUCGCCCCCACACCUUCUCCUCCGUCUCCGGCACCAAAGACCUCCAAAUGGUGAACCUCACCCUCCGCCUCCUCUCCCGCCCCGACACUCACAAACUCCCCGUCAUCGUCCAAAAUCUUGGUCUCGAAUACGACGAAAAGGUUCUUCCCUCCAUCGGCAACGAAGUCCUGAAAGCCGUCGUUGCUCAAUUCAACGCCGAUCAGCUCCUUACCGACCGUCCUCACGUCUCUGCCCUUGUCCGCGAGAGCCUCGUGCGCAGAGCCAAAGAUUUCAACAUUGUUCUCGAUGAUGUCGCCAUCACUCACCUCUCUUAUGGCGGCGAGUUCUCGCGCGCCGUGGAGCAGAAGCAGGUGGCGCAGCAGGAGGCGGAGAGGUCGAAGUUUGUUGUGAUGAAGGCGGAGCAGGAGCGGCGCGCCGCUAUUAUCCGCGCCGAGGGAGAGAGCGACGCUGCGAAGCUGAUUUCGGAUGCUACUGCGUCGGCUGGGAUGGGGCUGAUUGAGCUGAGGAGGAUCGAGGCGUCCAGGGAAGUGGCUGCCACGUUGGCGAAGUCGCCGAACGUCGCUUACUUGCCCGGUGGACAGAACUUGCUCAUGGCUCUUAAUGCCUCUCGUUGAUCAUGGGCUCAAUAACAUAGUGUCACAGCAUGCUUGGAGCAUUGUCUUUAGGUUCUCCUUUGUUGGAAAGAAGUGUCGUGUUUCUUGCUUGUAGACUGAGUUCGUCUGAGCAUAAUUCAUAAUUGUUUUUGGAAAGAAAAAAGUUUGAAAUGAAUUUGGAUCAAUGUUUUUUCAUGAUAAAUGGGUCUUUUUAUAUUUCUGUUUACACUACACAAUAUGACGGCUUGCAACUGCAAACAUGAUUGGUGAGUAAGUAGUCUAAACUUCAACUGUUUUCUCUCUUUAUGCAACCACAAGGUUUAUGGGCAGUUUGCUUCCAAUAUUCAUCCUAGUAGCCAUAUUCCAUUUUACAUUUUAUAUGCUCUUUCUUCUUUUUGUUGCCCUGACUUGUUGAGAUGUAUAAAUGUUAGUCAGGCUUAGACAUUGUCAUUUAGAUUUUAGAAGCUAGCAUUGCUUAACACUCUCCGUAUCUUCUCAUUUAUUCUUUCCUCUUGCUUUAAAAACCUAAGCUUAGCAAGAACUAUAUGCUGGGAUUAAUACUGAUCUUUAAAC